AUGGAUUCGGACUCAGACUGUCCUUUUAACUACUCUUGGCCAUCGUUUCCCAAGAUGCGGAUCCGCAAGAGACCCGAGAAGCAGAAAGAGAAAAGCCGGUCCGUGAACGAGGCCUCGUCCCCAACGCUGUCGGCAGCUGCUCGGCUCGCCGCCAUGAUCCACGGCAAAGACGACUUCUCAAACAGGAAGCUGGUGGAAGACAUGGACACAGACCACCACGAGGAGGGCACUUCAGGUUGGGACUCUUUCUUCACCGCCGCCUCCCACGCUCAGACCGGCUCCUCCUCCUCCUCGCCUCCAGCCGAAGCCCACGAGAGCAGCCUCAGAAAGUCUUCUCCUUCCGCCUCCUCUCCAGUGUUUUCCUCCUCGCCGCUCGGAUCCGCCUUCCACUUGUUCGACGCGGCGCAGAAACAGACGUCACACAAAGUUUCUCCAAGAAUCAACUACAGAGGGUUCAGUUUGUCGGACCGAACACGGGAUCUGAGCCCGAGUCUGGAGUGCGAUAGUGAAGAAGAGGAUAUCCUGGGACAUUCCUACCCCACGGCCGCCUUGAGGAAGCAGGCCAGUCUCCGCUCCAGCUCCGGAGAAGAGCGGGACUCCUUCGACACAUCGCCAGACGCCGAUCGCAAACAGGGCCCAGAGGCUGAAGUCCGUCUGCGAUCGUACUCCUACUCCUCCCCCAAAGCCAAACCCUCACGGCCGCUGCUAAACAGAGACGCAGCCAUCUCCGACCCGACAGAAGAGCAGAGGGCGUUCAGCCUGACGGAAACACCCAGGGAGAAAAGGACACUGGGUUUCCGUAAGCGGGCCCAGUCAGCCGAGGAGGAGAGCAGCGCGUCUAUCCAACACCUCACCCUCUCAGAGUUCCUCAAAGAAAUAGAAGACGAGGAGUGGGACCGGUACAUAAUUCCGACUAAAUCCGAAUCGGAAAAGUACAAAGUCAGUCGCACCUUCAGCUUUCUCAAGAGCAGAAUGUCCAGCACACGCAACAAGACCAAGGUGAAGAGUAAAGAAGUGAAGGAGACCAAAGACAAAGGGGCAGCGGCUCACGGACACCAGUUCCUGCCCAUGUCGCCCUCCGGCUCCGCGCUCUGUGUGGCCUGUGACAAGUGUGUGUCUGGGAAGGAGCUGCUGCACUGCUCCAACUGCUUCCUGAAGGUUCAUCGUAGCUGCCGGGAGUCUGUUAUGGCCUGUGCGAAGAUACAGAAGCAGUCUGAAAAGAAUGCAUUGCUGAUGAAAAGCAAGACCCUGUCCCUCCCGCUGAAUUCUUCCAAAGACUUGUCUCCUGUGUCCCUGUUCUCUCCGUCCUCAAUUUCACCGCUCGCAAAAGACAAAAGAGACACGUUCCCCCCUCUCUCCAAGAGCAUGUCUAUCUCCAUCGACAGCAGACAGCUGCACGAUCGGUCAGUGGUGGACGAGGAGGUGCUGUCUCCUGGUGCCACGUCGUCCGUGGUCGAUGAAGGAGGAACUUUGGCUCCCCUUUCCACUGACCAGCUCCUCAUCACACAAGACUCCUUGAGCACUUCUUUGUUAAGUGACUUGUCGGCGGACCAGCUGGGUCUCGAUGCAGAGUCCUGGAGUCUCGCUGUGAGUCCGGACUUCUGUCGUCAACACGAGCGAGUCACUGUGAAGCGCCAGGACGUCAUUUACGAGCUGCUUCAGACGGAGCUGCACCACAUCCAGACGCUGACGGUCAUGUGGGAGGUGUUCCGCAGGGGCAUGUUGGAGGAGCUGCAGCUGGACCUGGACUGUGUGGGUCGGAUGUUCCCGUGUCUGGACCUCCUCAUGCUCUUCCACCAGCAGCUGUUCGGAGCGCUGCAGGAACGGAGGCAGGCGUCGGCAAAGACACACCGGCCGCGCAACUACGUCAUCCACAACAUCGGAGAUAUACUUCUGCAGCAGUUCUCAGAUGAAAACGCUGAGAAGAUGAAGCAGAUGUACGGAGAGUUCUGCAGUCAUCACAAAGAAGCCGUCAACAUUUUCAAAGACUUACAGCAACAAAACAAAAAACUGCAGAACUUUGUGAAGCAACAGAGCAACAACAUCCUGGUGAAGAGGAGAGAGGUCCCAGAGUUCAUCUUGUUGGUCACGCAGCGCAUCACUAAGUACCCGGUUCUGUUGGAGAGGAUUCUACUCUACACUAAAGAGGGAAGUCAGGAGUACCGGGACUUGUCGAACGCACUGGUGCAGAUCCGGGACAUCAUCUCAGCCGUGGACAUGACCGUGAACCGCUACGAGAAGAGCCAAGAGCUGCAGGAAGUCCUCGGUCGCCUCGAGAACAAGACCAUCGCCAAACUCAAGAACGGGAAAGUGUUCACCAAGAACGACCUCUGCAGCCCACACCGGGUCCUCCACCACAAAGGCCUCGUCUACUGGAAGACCGCCACCGGCCGCCUCAAAGAUAACUUGGCUCUCCUUCUCACUGACGUCUUGGUUUUCCUACAAGAGAAAGACCAGCGCUUUGCCUUUGCUGCUGUGGACCAGAAGCCUCCGGUUAUCCCACUACAGAAGCUCAUCGUCAGGGAGGUCGCUAACGAGGAAAGGGGAAUGUUCCUGAUCUCGGCUUCGUCCGUGGGUCCAGAGAUGUACGAGGUCCACACCAACACCAGAGAGGAACGGAACGCAUGGAUGAGACAAAUCCGACAAGCAGUGGAGAGUUGCCCAGAGGAGGAAGAGGAAGAAGAACGCAGCGUGGAAUCAGAGGAGACUAAACGAGCCGCCGAAGCACGAAUCCAGAAAAUUGCACAAUUUCAAGAGAGCUUGCUGGCUCAGGACCAGAUGAUCUGCAGCUCUCUGGAGGAGAAGUUGGAGCUUUAUGCAGAACUGACGGAGCUCAGCCUCGGCUCUCCUGAAGCAGUGCCACAGCGCCAUCUACUGGUGCAAACAGACAGCGACGCUCCCAGGCUGGCUUCAUCACUGCUCACUGCUGCACUACAGGAAGCUGAAAACCUGAUGAGCGUCCUGCAGAGCCGCGAUGGGACCAGUCAGAACCAGAUCUGCUCCGGUCAAGAGUCCAACAGCGACGACAGCGUCCAGGACUUUCCCCCUGAGCCGGACUAUCUGAGCACGCUCAGUAACAGCUCCUUCUGCGUGGGAUCGGACAGUGAUCUGACGGACGACUGGAGCCCGGAGCCCAGAAGAGCAGAGUCCAAAAACACGCUGACAAAGGUGGCAGAGAGCGUUCAAAGUCUGACGCAGCUUCUCUACAGUCUGCAGGCCACAGUGAGCCUCCAGGACUCCAGUUGUGAGAUCCACAAACUGCUUCUUCAGGGGGGAGAGCUGCCUCUGCGACCUCUGCCUCCUCCUCCUCUGAGCACGGAGCAGGAGAAGCAGAAAACCUCCGACAAGAGAAAGGAGGACGUGGAGAAGAAGAAGGAGGCGGCCGAGGUCCAGAAGCUGCACUUGAGGCUGAAGCAGGAGCAACAGCGCUGGGACAAAGAGUGUGCGGCCAGAGAGAAACAGCAGAGCGACCAGGAGAAUGAGCUGAAGGAGCGAGAGCAACAGUGCCACCUGGAGGCAGAGAGGCUGCGCUGCGAGCGAGAGCAGUUUGAGCUGCAGCUGUUGGACUUUCAACAGAACAUGGACCGACUCAAAGAGGGUCAGAGGAGCGUGGAGAGGGAGAGGGAGCAGAUGGAGGCCCAGCAACGACUGCUGCAAAGCUGGAGGCAGCACCGGCAGAGCAGCUUCCCCAUCACCAUCGCUCCACAGCACUACCAGGUUCCCAGCCACAGUCACCCCAGCAGCUUAGACGGCACAAUGUUCGAGAAUGAAAGCGUUCUUCUCACGACUCUGCAGCAGAACCACGUCUUCACUUCUGCCAACAAUCAGCACCAGAGUCUGCUGACGGCCCCCAAGAGGAUCCAGGCCGUCCCACUGAGCUCCUCCGGCUUCAGCGCCAACAUGGGCCUCAGCGCCAGCCUCUACAACAGCCUCAACACCCUCCUCAGCCAGGCCCACAGCCGCCAGAUCCCCUUCUCCGACUGCAGCUACGGCUCCGCUAACAAACCCACAGGCUUCAGUCCUCCGCGCGGGAGACAGUCUCUGGAGUCCUGGGGGUCCGAGGCCACGUCAGACGGCCUGUAUGAGGAGGACUACUCUUCCUCCCCCUCCCUCACACCCCUCCUCCCCCCUCAGGCUUACCUCUCCCUGGACGGAUCCAACGGGGACGAGGGCGGGGAGGAGAACGUUGUGUAUCUGUGA